UGUCCAUAUAGGUGGCGUUGCUGGCGUUCCUUCUUCGUUGUUUGCGGCUGACAAUCUUGCGAGUUCAGUUUAUUUAUUAGGUCUGCGAAUCAUUUUAACACGUUGUGAGAGUCGACGGAGUGACGUUCACCAAGUUUGCCCAAAGAUCACGAGCCGAGAGAGAACGCUUGGAAGCGUAGUGUGUCUGCACCAAGAUGUCGAACGUAGCCAAUCAGAGAAAGCUGGUGGAGCAGCUGAGAAGGGAGGCCGGAGUUCGCAGGCAGCCCCUGUCCGCAUGCAUCGAGGAUCUAAAGAAAUACUGUGAAGACCACAGGAAUGAGGAUGUUCUUCUGGUGGGAUUCGCGACUGACAAAGCAAACCCCUUCAAGGAAAAGAGCUCCUGCACAGUAUUAUAAUGACAGAUGCUAGACUCGUUGCAACGGUGGCCACGCUGCAAAUCUACUCGUGUGAACAUUAUUGGUAACGCAAAUAUUUUUGAAGGUCGUGACGAUGCCAAUGGCAAUGAUAUAUGCAAGAUGGCAUCAUUGGUUGUUUGAGGUUCGGCUGUGAGCAUGAUUAAAUCAUACUCGAUUCGUUUCACAGUGUCGUGUUUUCAUGGUUAAUGGCUGUCACAGUGCAACUACCUUGUCAUUGUUGGAAAUUAUUCUCGAGCGUAAAACUGACAUCACGAAAUGUAAUGGUAAGCAAUUGGCAUAUCUUUGUUGCUUCUUUCUAUCUUCACUAUCUGGUUGUGUCAAAAUCAUAUCUAAUUGUCAAGAAUAUGAUAAAUCAGGCAUGUUAAAAUGAAACCUGAUGAACAGUGAUGAUGAAUGUAUCCGCAAAACCAAACCUCUAUCAUUAUUAUGUCGGCUUUAUAAUAGUUUUUGCGUGAUUGAUUUCAGCUUGUUUAUAUGUGUACUGGCAAUGCUGUUGUCUGUAAUACCACAAACUGUGCCUGAGAUAAUGUAAAUCUAGUCUGUUUAGCAUCAGCUGUGUGUUGUCAAACACUGUUCUCUCACUGUCGUCGCGUUGUAGUGGGUGCAUGGCAUACGUGCCAGCAUUCCUGACUAAACUUUCACGGAGUCCUGGUUGUCACAUUAAACAAAAUCGCACUGAAUGAAUUUGGCAAGUGCGCGCAUUUGCAAUGGUGAGAGCUAUGGUUGAACAAAUGCGUCCUAUAGAAGCAAUCUAAACAGAAUUGUCCAGCUACCAUGCGCGGUCGAUGCAUUUGCUCGCGCGUUAGUAAGUUUAAAGGGGGGGUUGCAUUUUUACUUUGCACUGUUUACGUCCUAAGUGUAAUGUGUGCAUCAACGAGCUGCCAAAUAUGUAUACUGGUAGAAAUACGUGUCAAACUUGAGCUUGAUAUGUAGAAUGUGAAUAGAAGACAUUGCUAACAGAAUCACGUAGCUGAAUGAUGAUGACAGCGAGGUUUUGCUAGUACAUUACGAAAGGAGUUUAACUAGCUGAAAAUUCGUAGGAUAGAAUACCAUCUGAAAAUCUUGAGAGUCGAUGGUUUUUUGCCCUUUCCAUUUUUAUUUAAAUUUUUUUAUCACAUGCCACAUAUCAAUUGCUCAACGAUUAAGUAAUUGUUUUUUGAAUGAUGAAGAUGAUAUAUUUAGAUAAUCAGGCUGCGCGGGCGGUCGCUUAAUGCGCCGCUAGCGUCAAAGUAUUUUUUCUUUUCACCAAGCCUUAACAGAGACAAUCGUGCGUACUAGGCCGAGCAUGUUUUUAGAGUGUCCUUAUAUUUAUGCAGCUGCGUGACCUUUAGACCUGUAACACGUGUAAUCUUGUGCCGUCCGAACGAUCCUUGGCUUCACUAUGAGCAUGGCCGUGGUAAAAACUCCAUCGCAACGUGCUCAUCAAAACUGAAUUGGAUUUUGCGCGCUUGAUCUCUCGGCGUAAUGCUAGUCAUUUUCAGUUCAGCGGGUGCGGAACGGUUGACUGGCAACGUUUUUCUCUCGGCGUUUUGCUCAGUGAGUGUCACUACAAAGUAUUCACCUGUAGUGCUUUUUUUUCAUUUGUAAUUGAAUUAAAUGUGACACGCGUCGUUACGGGGGUGUGUCCACGUCACACCACUGCCUAGCCGCUGUUGCCAAGUUCCAUUGCAGGCAAAUGUAGCAGGUGUGUGUGUGUGUGUGUGUGUGUGUGUGUGUGAUGCCAUCAAACUAGCAAUUAGACAAGGCUGAGAAAUCCUCUCUUUUGGUUGUUGGGGGUUGUCUCCUUGAAUAUUCCAUGACUGUAUUUCUUUAUGGUAUGGUAUUAUAGAUUGAUCGUAGGGGUAUAUUUCACCAAUUUCCUAUUUUGUUAGUGGAAAGCUUUUAUGUUGUUGUGUCGUAUUUAAGCAAAAAGUAUCCAUGCACGUUUUAUCGGUAGUUGUUCGUAUGUGUGUGUGCAGUUGUGAAAUGCUUGUUUGGUUGUAAGAAUUAGGAUACGUAGAAUAGAAUCGCCACCUUAUUGGUCACCCUUAGAUCGCGAAUGGCGAUGUGCUUAGCUGGCAAUCUGCCAAAUUUUCCUGGUUGUGCAGCAAGUUUGUCAUCGGUGCAAUGUGAACAUUCACUUUCUACUACUAGCAGUAGUCGCCAAAUUGAACGCAUGGGUAUGUGUGAAGGUUAAGGAAAAAUGAUUUUAUGGAGAAAACGGAGCUCACGAGCAUAGAAAUUUUAGUUGUGCUUCUACCUCAUUUUUUUAUUUUUAUUGGCAGAAGAAGCUAAUUAGCAGGUCCAAGCUGUUAGCUGGAAGGAAAUCAUGUUGAGUGUCAACUGUAAUUUUAAGCCAUACGUAAGGUGCCAACAGUCGUUUUAAAUUAGUUAUUACAUUAUUACCGUUUAGUAGCCUAAAUGCUAUUUCCAGUACUAUGUAUUUGACAAGUUUCUCGUUCUCAUAAGCUGAGCGCGGUAGUGCCUUUGCUAUAAUCCGGCCACAGUUUCUAUUCAAAGCCGUAUCCGCUUCGUAACAGACACGACAUGGGCAGAUAUGCAACGAAAAGAGAAGGAAAUGCUGGUCCAUUCGUUUCAUUCUAGGUCCGUGUAACUGCUAAAACAUUGUAUAAAAUAAAGGUUUUGCCAUCUAA